AUGUCAGAACCCCAAACCAAGCUCGUCGAUGAUCUUAUGGAUAAAAAUUUGAACGAUGAAGGCGAAAAUACACUUAUUGAGGAAGAGGAACUUCCUCUUACAACGCCCACACCAGUAGAGGCCAACCAACCUUCCGUCACCAGGACUACCGGGGGAAAUGCCGAUAAUUCAACUGUAGGUACUGCUAACAAUAACAGAAGCAGUAGAGCAACAACAGCAUUGCAAGAAACCGAUAAUCAACCUCUCCAACUCACCGGCGAUUUAAGAACUCUGAAAGAUGCUUUUCCUAAUCUCGAACUUGACAUAAUUGAAACCAUCUUGAACAGUCAAGGCGGCAAUGUGAAUGCUGCGUUUGAUGUUUUGCUGGGCAUGUCAGAUCCUUCUUAUAAACCCGACCCACAAGAGACAGAAAACUUGGAGCGGUUGCGCCAAGACGAAGAGUACGCAAAACAGUUGGCGCGAGAAAGUACUGCACAGUAUAAACAGCAAGUCAAUGCACAGAGGCAGGCGCAGCUCCAACAACAACAGCGUCAAGAAGAACAGGAACAGCAGCAGCCUCUAUUCAAUCUGCAAGAGGAUUUGCCCAUGCUGAAAGAGAAAGUGAUGGAAUUUGGUACAGCUGCCAAGAAUAAAAUCACGAACUUUUAUAACCAGUUUAUGGCUGGAUCUUCUGACCAACCGCAUCCAGAGCAGCAGCAACAACAACAGCCAUUUAGGGGGAGUAGCUUGGAGGCUAGAAUGGGUAAUUUGAGUUUAUCAAAUGACGAAAGACAACCUCGACAACAACCAUUAGCCCAAAAUGCUCAAAGAGAAUCAGUGAACUUAUAUGAAUGGGAUGGAAGAGAAGAGGAUAUACAACCACAAGCCAAGACCUCGACUCCUGCAGAACAACUUCUAUCUGAUGAAGAUUUCGCUAGGCAGUUGGCUCGCAAAGAUGCGGUUGCACAUGCGUCCAACAACUCUCAAACAGCUCCCCAAAGUACAACAGAUAAAUCAGCCAAUGCAGCAGCAGUAACGUCAAAAACAACGGAAUCUACUAUAGGAAGUGCAAAAGCCGAAGGUGAUUCACUAAAUAAAGGUAAACCGUAUACCAUCUCUGAUAUUAGCGACGGUAAUGCCGAUGAUGAUUUAGACGAUCUAUUUGAUAAAAAAGAAUCCAAUAUUGAUUCAACAUCUGAAGAUGGUGAUCACAAACUAACUAAUAGAAAAGAGUAA